AGAGGUCGGUGUAAACUAGGCCACUGUAACAAUGCAUUUUUGGAUAUACAUUUAUAUCUUAUAUGAACUUUUUUGCUCAUUUUGAUGAGUAGAAUGUACCCCUGAAGUAGCGGUUUACACACAUUUAUGUUACACCUUGCAUAUACCUGUAUAUAUACAUAUAAGAUAUAAAUUAUAAUAUGUAUAAUAUAUUAAAUACAUUAUACAUCAAUAUUUUUUUCAAAUUUUUUGUUCUGUGCAAUGAGAUACUCUUGAAAAGAGCUUCACGUGAUUUAUGCAAAUUGAAAAAGGGACAAACACGAAUUUAUACGUAUGUAAAAAACAAAUUCAUUGACAAAAUAUGUUAUAUAUCACAAAUAAGCUAAAUUUUGAUACAUGUGUUAUUUUUAGUUAGAUUUAUAUAUCUAUCCCUUCCAAAAUGAGCUGUGAAGAAUGCCUCUCUCUUUCAAUAAUUUUCAUUAUCUUUUUGUCAGUACGAGAUAGUUUUAGUCGAUUAAUGCUUUAAGCAUAGGCGUGAAUCGACAUGUAGUGCGAUAAAUUUUAUGUCCGUUAAUUUAACAGUCAUUACGUCCAGACAGUUCUUAUGGAAUUCUAUCAGGAAUUUAUGCUAUAGUCGUGGGACGAUGCCACCUUGUGUGCAAAGUGCGAUUAAUUCUGGAGGAAAAUAUCGUACGGUAUCUUGUACAUUUACGGGUGAAGUACCGCUAGUCGCACACGGGCACACACGCAUACGCGUCGUACACAUACCCGUGCAUGCGCAGCGUGUAUACGUAUUACAAGCGCACACGGUGCACGUGUAUGGAAAGGAAAGAGGGAAACGACGGAAGAGCGGCUAGAAAGGAGAACAGGACGGAGAGGGAAAGAGGAAGAAGAGUGUAAAACUGGAGGAAAAUAGAAAAAAGAGUGAGAUCCGGCCGCGCGGAGGAGAGCGUGAGGAUCAAGAGGAGAAGACGAGCAUGGACCGAGACUAUGCCGAGUACGUAGCGCAUCCAAGAGAGAUACCUAGAUAAUCAGUUAUCGAGGAAGAAACGAAGAAUGCAUACCGAAGAAAGCAGGGACGGAUUGCCCGAUUAGAUAUCCAUCUUAAACUCUUCUGACUCGAGUCGUGAAUAAAAUUAUUUAUUACAGGAAUGGAAAUUUUAAAAAAGACGUCUUAUAUAUCGCGAAUAAUGCAGGCGCAAUCGGUAUUGCUUUCAAAAUGACAUUUCUUAAUAUGUAUUUCACAAGUACACUUUAGAAUUUUGGUAAAUAGUGUACUAAUUGAUUAGAUUAAUUAAGAUAUUGAUUAAAUUUUUUUCUUCGUAGGCGUUACUUAUUCCGUGCGAUAAUCUAAAUUGCUGAUUUCACCCGUGUUUUGUAGGAACAAAAAAAGCAACAGAAGUAGCUAGCACCGCCCCUGUCAACAACCCUAUCCCCUCCGGAUAGCGUUCGCAAAGCCGGUCGACCGUCAUCUCGUCUUGUUUCCUUCUUUCUUUUUCUUCCUCUUUGUUUCUCUCACCUUCUCGGAGUUCUCGGGCCGCCACCGCAUGGAGGUGGGGAUCCGCACACCCUGACCCACAAGUAGGCCCUGAUCUCUACCCAGUUGGUGCUCGUCAAACGAGCCGAGGCAGGCGAUGUGGGUUCGUACAACGCAACAUUGUGAACGUCGUUGAACUCUCCCGACGGUGAAGAGAGGCAGUUUGACACGCACGUGAUCGAGACCACGCGAAUAAGACAGUGCACCUCUUGGAGACAAUUUCCUUCUUUCUUUCUCUCUUUUUUUCUCUUUCUUUUUUCAUUGUUUCUCCCGAUCGAAGAAACAAACGGAGACGGCUAGAGGGAGGCUGAAGAUGAUAUUGAGAGCUGCCCCCGGGGGCAUCGUCCUUUUGCUCGCGCUCAUCGGGUUAGUUGGCGCGCAGGAUGAUGAUUCCUUGGCUAGUACUUUCCUGUCAGGCUUCUUAAAUUCUUUAACGAGCACGGCGAAGAUUGCUGACUGUCCGGGAGUAUGCGUGCACGCGUGGGCGUCGAUAAUGUGCGACGAUGUCCUCGAGGACGUGCAAUGUCCUGCGGCGAGUAUGCGAUGCUGCCUGCAGGAUCCGAUAAAUAGUACCUCGUCCGAAAACGCGAUCGACGACGAGGAGCCCACUUCGACCACGUCCACGACGGUCGUCAAGACCACGACGAUUUCUACGACGCCCCCGACAACUACAACGAUGCUCAGCACGUCGACUUCCGUCUCUUCGGCAAAAACUACACCGGAAAGCUAUAACGAGACGAGCGACAAGUCAUUAACGAAAGCUUGUUCGGGCAUUUGUAUGGCUGCGAGAAUCGCCGAUUAUUGCGAUGCCGUGCUGGUGAUAGAUACCCUCUGCAAGCCGGGCUACAAGUGCUGCGUAUCCAGGGACGCCUUCGGGGACUCUCCACCACCCGAGCUCCUGGUGAUCGACCGCCUGAACUCCUCCCGUUAUGACGAGAAGAAUGGUGGCGGAGCCUCCAGUAAGGUUUCGUUCCCGUUGACGACGACGCGGCCGAAUACGUCGACGAGCGUCUCUGCAACUGCCACCGCGGUUGCGACGACGAUGACGACCAUGACGACGACGACGUCCACAAUGAUGGCUGCUACCAGGCAGCCAUCAACGGCAACGACGAUGACGAGGCCGAAGCCGGUGCCGUUCAAACCGUGCAAAGGAAAAUGCACGAGCGGGUUACCCGCCCUCUUCUGCGAGAAUAUCGACGUCGACGCGGAUUGUCCCCCCGACGACUCCGUGUUGACGGUUUGCUGUAUCAGCGAACCGCUAUCGCAAAAACCGGAAACGACAACGACGAUUCGGCCAUCCACGAAAGCUCCUCAACCGAAGCUACCGCCGUGCCCUGGUUUUUGCCUGUUGACUCUCAUGGCAGCUUUCUGCGAGCGACCGAAUGUGAUUAUAGCGAAAACGUCGACCUGCCAGUCCGGCUCCAUCUGCUGUGAUAAUACAAAAAGUCCGCCACAGACGCCGAGACCAAGACCGAGACCCACGCCGCGACCGCCGACGACAGUAUCGUCACCGCCGGAUCCACGUCCGGACUGUCCCGGUUCCUGCAUCGUAUCCUAUUUGUCGUUCACCUGUUUCAGAAACGCCGAGCUGACGAGCUUGUUCAAGUGCAAGAAACAGGGACACCAAUGCUGCGCGCCGAAAUCUCUGAUAAGGGAAUUCCACGGUGGAAAUUCUACGGAGCCGGUUCUGACCAACAGAAACGACACGUUCCAUGUUACCUCGCGACCUUACACCACCCCGCUCCCUACGUCAUAUGAGACGACGACGGUCACCACCACCACCACCACCACCACCACCACCAUUAGAAGUCCGGUAUACAGUAAAUACGUUUGUGGCGUGAAAGGAACCUCACGCGGUCCGAUUCAAGCACGGAGCUCUGAGAGAGUCGCGCGUGUGGUAGGUGGUGAGGACGCGGAUGCUAACGAGUGGUGUUGGCAGGUCGCUUUGAUAAACUCCCUCAACCAGUACCUAUGUGGAGGAGCGCUGAUAGGGACGCAGUGGGUCCUCACGGCUGCGCAUUGCGUCACGAACAUCGUGAGGUCCGGCGACGCGAUCUACGUGAGGGUAGGCGAUCACGAUCUCACCCGUAAGUACGGAAGCCCGGGUGCUCAGACCUUGCGCGUCGCGACAACGUACAUCCACCACAAUCACAACAGCCAGACACUCGAUAACGAUAUCGCUUUGCUGAAACUUCACGGUCAAGCGGAGUUGAAAGAUGGAGUUUGUCUGGUUUGCUUGCCGGCACGGGGUGUCAGUCAUACCGCUGGCAAAAGGUGUACGGUUACUGGUUACGGAUACAUGGGAGAAGCCGGUCCUAUACCCCUUCGAGUACGCGAAGCGGAGAUACCGAUCGUCAGCGAUGCUGAAUGCAUAAGAAAAGUGAACGCCGUGACUGAGAAAAUCUUCAUUCUACCAGCCAGCAGUUUCUGUGCUGGCGGCGAGCAGGGAAAUGAUGCGUGUCAGGGCGAUGGUGGAGGUCCUCUGGUAUGCCAAGACGACGGCUUCUACGAACUGGCUGGCCUGGUGUCUUGGGGAUUCGGCUGCGGUCGUCAAAACGUGCCGGGAGUGUACGUAAAGGUCUCCUCAUAUAUCGGUUGGAUAAAUCAGAUCAUAUCGGUGAAUAAUCUCUAGCUUAUUUCUUGGAUAUUACGGUCAAAUAUAUUUAUAAUCUAUAUAUGUUUAUUUAUUGAUUGACGGAACAUUGUAGUACCUUCACGCGCUUGAUGAUUCAUAGUGCACUAUGUUACGUAUAUAGUAGAGGUGAAAAGAUGUAGACAUAUAGAGAUAAGCUCAGAAUUGGUUACGUAUACGUAUUGACAUUACAAGCACACUCGUUAAAAUAUAUAUUAUAGCUUAUAUAUUUCAAUUACGAAAGAAAGAAAAAAUUGGAUUGUUUCCUUUUCUUAUCUGCACGAUAAUAAUAAUUGGUAUGUAUAUAAA